GUCUGUAUUAAUAUGCCAUAAUUACUACUUCUCAAAAGAAUUCUUUUUACUGUCUGACAAAAGGAUGCAACAUUGACAUCACUGACGAAACUAGGAGAGGUAACGAACAAUUUAAUUGGUACCCGCCUACUAUAAAACACAGAGUCACUGAAUCACCUUGUCACUUUGUUUCUGAACAAGUAUGCAUGAAGAUCUGAGUGAAAAAGAGCACAGGGCCAGGCAGGCCUGGGAUGCUGCUCGGGAAACACCGAUUAUUACAGAUGAGGAAAAACCACGAAAGUGUCUGAGCUUCAUCCAAAUCAUCACAUGUACUUUUGUGGGAAUCUUGGUGUUUGGGCUUGCUUUCUUCAGUAAAGCAUCUCUUUUGCUAUUGAUAAACCUCUGCAGCAAAAACUCCACCAUAAAAUCCAAACCUUACGCUCUCCUCUUCAUUGGGUGCCUUCUGAUUGCUCCAAGUAUUUUACUGCUGAUCAAAAGCAUUUGGAAAAUUACUUUUAAGGAUUCAAAAACCCCGUCCAUGCAGACAUUGCUAUGGAUUGUUUCAGUGGAAACUUUGGUGGCUCUCGGAUCUUCCGUCCUUACCCUGGUCACUAUGCCCAAAUUUGACGUCCUGACUAAUGUGAUGCUUCUGAAUGGCAUUGGUACAUUAUCAGCCAUGCUGCAGGUGAUCGCAAAUACAGUCCAGCACGGAAGGAGGCGAUUUAUUGCAACUUCAUUAGCCGCCGUCAUUUUCCUAAUUGCAGGUUUUUGCUUAUUCGCUACUAACUACCUCAGAAAGCAAUAUGAAACGCAGAGCCAAGGGCUAUUCGUUGGUUUAGCCAUAGGAGGCACUUUCCUGGUCUCUUUGAACUGGUGGGAAAACUACGCCAUGCUUUUCAACAUCGUCUUCUUCCAAAACACAGUCCGGGACAUCAAAAGAUCCCAAAACUUUGUGAACAUUGUGGCUAGCUUAGUGCGAAUUGUUGUGACCUCUACUGUCCUUGGAGCAUAUGUGAACCUCUCGGGCCAGGAUUGGUCAUCAGUGCUGUCAGUCACCAGCCUUACCGAAACACUCGUCUUGAGCCUCUUCGCUAUUCAGGUUCUAGCUUCAGCUCUGUGUCGAUACAUGGCUGUGGUUGCGUGCAAAAUGCAUGCUGUGCGCCGCAGCUUCCUCAUCCCCAUGAUCUUCACUUCUCCAGCCACGCUGGGUGCCUUCUUCCUGGCUAUCUGGAUUCCCUUUGAGGAGUACAAGCAACAGUUCAACAACAGUUCUUCCAUACUAUUUGCUGACUACUGUAGCACCUUUAAGACGGUGGAAAGCCCAGGCCUUGACAUCAUGAGAAUGUUUCUGAGUAAUUUAACUCAGGACAUGUGUUACCACCACAUGGCAGACAAGACAAAUACAGUGGGAAUUGGUCUGCUUGGAUCGUCUUUGGUUAGCUGGUGGCUCGGCCUGGUGCUCUGCACACUCUACAUCUGGUUCUUGAACAUAGGACGCAUUGUCAGGACAAAGGAACUGUUUGUGUGCAACCUUUAUGAAGCAGCGUUCAUUGAUCAGUCCAUGCUCCUGAACACCAAGUUUGAGGUUGUGCUCCAGCCAAAACAAGCCAGGGAACAGGAGAAGGUGACCAUCUACCUCUGUGCAACCAUGUGGCAUGAGACUCUAGAUGAAAUGAUGAAGAUGAUCAUCUCUAUGUUCAGGCUUGACAAAUACCGACCCAAGAAAAACCAAUUUAAUGAUGUUGUGUUUGAGUCUCACAUUUAUUUCGAUGAUGCUUUCCUGACCAAAGACAACAAGCGAUGUGUCAACGAGUAUGCCGAGACCCUGGUGGAAGUCAUCAGAAAUGUUUAUGUCUUAUUCACAGAGAAUAGCAAAAGUGUAUUCAGAGACAGAAAGCCGCUUCCCGACCAGAAAAUCUUCCAGACACCGUACGGCUGCCGGCUGCAGUACACACUUCCACACGGCAACAUCCUAUUUGUUCACUUCAAGGACAAACACCAGAUCCGCCACAAAAAGAGAUGGUCUCAGAUCAUGUACAUGUACUACCUUCUUGGCUGGAGGCUGCACAAGAAAUACUAUGAGAUGUACCUGGAAGGGGAUGAGCAGCUGAUAGUUGUUGAAGACCAAUUAAAAAAAGCCAAGGAGAACACAUACCUUCUGGCUCUAGAUGGAGACACGGAUUUCCAGCCUUCAGCCGUCAUGCUUUUAGUGGAUCGGCUCAGGUUGUACCCUGAAGUGGGAGCCGCUUGUGGAAGGAUCCAUCCUACUGGCACAGGUCCGAUGGUGUGGUAUCAGAAAUUCGAGUAUGCAGUGGGUCACUGGCUCCAGAAAACAGCUGAGCAUGUGUUCGGAUCUGUGUUGUGCAGCCCGGGCUGUUUUAGCCUGAUGCGUGCAGAAGCACUCAUGAGCGACAAUGUCAUGAAGAGAUACACAACAAAAGCGACUGAAGCUUCCCAUUAUGUACAGUAUGACCAGGGUGAAGACCGUUGGCUGUGCACACUGCUCCUGCAGCAGGGAUGGCGAGUGGAGUACAACGCUGCCUCUGACUCUUACACCAAUGCGCCACAGGAGUUCAGAGAGUUUUACAACCAACGGAGGCGCUGGGGUCCGUCCACCAUGGCCAACACUCUGGACCUUCUUUCCAGUGGCAGUGUUACUGCACGACUCAACAAGUCCAUAUCGCGACCCUACAUUCUAUACCAGAUUAUCACCAUGGCUGCCUCGAUCUUGGGUCCAGCUACGGUCUGCCUCAUGAUUGCAGGAAGCUUUAAGUUCGUUCUCAAAGUAGACGCCAACGUUGCUCUUGUGAUGGCAAUUGUUCCUCCUGCAAUCUACAUAAUUCUCUGCUAUUAUCUCGGGCACGCAAAGUCAGACUUACAAAUCAGCAUUGCUGGCAUCAUGAGCAUAUUCUACGCUUUUCUAAUGACAGCAACUAUCUUAUCAAUUGUCGGGGACCUGGUAAUCCAGCAAACUUUCAUGACCCCAAGUGGCUUGUUCUUUAUUGGCAUAAUCAUCAUGUACGUUACCACGGCCCUUUUUCAUCCUCACGAGUUCCAUCUUAUCAUGUUUGGCUUCAUUUACAUGAUCUGCAUCCCCAGUGGCUACCUGCUGCUGGCAAUUUACUCCAUGGUCAACAUGAACAACGUGUCAUGGGGCACUCGCGAAUCUGCCAACACGGCCGGCGGACCUGAGCAGAACAUCCAGAAAAAUGUCAAGUGUCAGAAGUUGUUCAAACUAUGUGGCUACAACUUUGAGUUUCAGGUGAACAAAGAAGAAAAGGUGAUAAGUGCAGUGCCAGAGAAUGCUCCUGAAGCGACACUUAUGAAUGAUGAUUCUAAAGUACCCACCCAACCUAUAGAAAGACCUUUCAGUGGGAACUAUUUUAUUCAACAGUUGGCAGAAAGCUCUGGUGAACUGGCUCUUAGGGAGCACAGAUUUAACUUGGAAGAAGAAAAGUUUUGGAGAGACCUAAUUGAACAAUACCUAAAACCAUUGGAGACUGAUAAAAAGAAGGAGGAAAAAAUCAAAGCAGAUCUUAAAGACCUACGCAACAAGGCAACGUUUGUGUUUUUUAUCUGUAAUGCCCUGUGGCUCGUGGCUACUUUCUUUCUGCAAGCCAUUGGCACCGCAGUGAGCAUCACCAUCCCUAAAGUUUAUGCUAAUGGAACUGUUGAUCCUGAUGCAAAGAUAUUUAUCGAUCCUAUUGGACUGAUGUUCCUUUUGAGUUUUGCAAGCCUCCUUACUAUCCAGUUCUUAGCUAUGUUGUGGCACAGAGUCCAGACUUUAACACACUUCAUUGCUUACAUUGGGACUGAGGCCGAGGUUAAAAGGAAUAUGAGGAGUCACACUGUGGCACUGAUCCCUGAAAACAGAGAUGAAAUUAAUUUUCUUUAGGAGGAGAUUAACUUGAUUGAAUUGAAGCCUAGAGGUGCAUGAUCCAAAAGAUGGUAUAUGAACACACAAACCUCAAGAAGAAUCAUCACACAACCUGCUUGUUGGAAUUGAAAGAAAUAUAUAUUUUUUAAAACACUUUACAAUCUGUUAUCUGUUACUUCUCUUUCCACUGUAGUGAUUCUUCUUCUUCUUCUUCUUCUUCUUCUUCUACUUGUUAUUAUUGUUAUUAUUAUUUAUUGUUGUUGUUGUUAUAUAUAAUUAUCUGAGCCAUUUUGCUGUUGUUGGAUCUUAAAAUUACAUACAAACAAAGCAAAAUU